GUAAUACUUCAGCCCCCUGGCAGAUUCGUAAAGUGUCUUCUAGUCAAAAGUCUAGCCGAGACCAAAUUUGAGGGUUCUUGACGUUAAUCAGGACUAGCCUGGAGUCCAGAACCAAAGUUUAACACUCAUUCACGAACCCUUCUUGAGAGCGCAUCUCAUUCCCUCGUUCAACAAUCCCUUGAGCUUGCGGGCCUCCUGCGUUUGUCUCGAAUACAUCUCCCACACUCACAACGCCCGAAGCGCCUAAAUCAUUCACACGUCCCAUGGCUGAAGAAUUAGACUCAACGACGGUACCUGUGGACUUUGUCAAGGAGGGAGGUGAUUGGCUUGUUAUAUUUAAUCCCCGCGUACCACGCCAGAUGGACGUGCAGCUUGCAGCGCGGUACGUGCAUGACGGUGUGGUGUGUAGUGUGAAGUUUUCCUUGGACGGGACAUUGCUUGCAGUAGGCAUGGAGGGCGCCGUUGUGCUUUACAACUUGAGUCUCGGAGAGAAGUUUAUCUUCACAUUGGAGAGGAAUAUUGGAAAACCAAAUCAUGCACGAGCUGUUUGCAUCAGUCCCGAUGGACAUUUCCUUGUCGCUGGCUCUGAAGACGAACUCAUAAGAGUUUGGAACAUUACGAACCGCAUGUUGGUGCAUGCUUUGAAGGGGCACUGCGGAGAGGUAUAUGCUUUGGUGUUUACACCUGACAACAAAACCUUGCUUUCAGCGUCCGGAGAUUGCACAAUCCGCAUUUGGGAUGCGACUCAGUUUGCUGAGACUCCUGAUGCUAGCUCAAUCAUCCUCGAUGAAACUAUGGAGGCCGCCUGUCGUGUACUUCGCCCAGUCAGCCUUGAUGUCAAGCUCUCAUCCAAGUUUGCACUGACAUCUAUUGCUGUCAACUCAACUGGCAAAUUUGUUGCUGGAGGGUCACUGGAUGGAAUGAUUCGAAUCUGGAAAGUUGACGGCACCGAGGAUGACAGCGCGGAGCCGGUGGAGACAUUAUGCGGGCACGAGGAUGCUGUGUAUAGCGUGCAGUUUGUUGAAGGCGGAUUGGUAAGCGCAAGCGUGGAUCGAACGAUGAAACACUGGGACAUAAGUGAAGUGGGUGUUGGUCGCAGAGAAUGUCGAAAAACUCUGCAAGGGCACAAAGACUGCAUCCUCGCUACAUCUGCACUUCAGGUUGGAAGAGAUCAACGCGUCGUGUCCUCGUCUCGGGAUGGGACGGUGCGGAUGUGGGACUUGAAGACGGGGAUGGUGCAGUUCGUGAUUCAGGGUCAUAAAAACACUGUGACGACUGUGGAUCUUGGCCUGGACGGACGGCUGUUAGCAUCUGGUAGCGGGGAUCGUGAAGUGCGGCUAUGGAGCUACUCGAUUGUUUGAGAAUGUCUGGGAAAGUAUCACUAUCUAAGUGUCCCAAUAACAAACGGAUCGACUAUAUCAGAGCUGUAGCCACAACGCGGUGGUAGGCCCUCAUGCAUCAUGAUUUAGUGUAUGCAUGGUCUGUUGCUUGCGGAGCUGAUUGCUAGAUGGGCCUCGUCUAUCAGUGCGCGAUGUAUGUCGCUGGAUAUAUGUAUGGCUCUGGGUAUGUACGAGGUGUUGGGGUU